GUAUUUUACUCUUGCUUUCUACACUACAAGGGAUAAAGUGACUCACUGAGUGACUUCAUGUGGUUCUCAAUAAUCCCGACAUUCUCUAUAUAUACUUCUCUCGAACCCACCCAUUUCAGACAGACAAAAACAGACCAGGAAAAAAACCUUGGAUAAUCAUGGAUGCCAAUUGCUUCCUCAGUUCCUCAAAUCCACUCACCAAAACUGCUGCACUAGAAUUCCCCUGUUCAAGAAGAUGCUCCAAUGGAUCACCCUUUCAACCCAAAAGAGUUCGCCUUUCCUCCUCCAUUACAUGUUGCCAACCGGCGGGAUCGUCCGACGAUCUGCAGCAGCACAGCCAGUCCUUCCUUCAGGCGGAUUGGAGAUGGUUCAGGGCAAAAUUGGUUGCUAACGAGCAAGCCUUUAUGACCGCGAGCACCGGUCAAAGCUUGCUGGCGGCAGAUCCAGACGAGACCCCUAGAGCAAAACAGCCGCUGGAGCUGGUGAAGGUGGGAGACAGAUGGGCCCACGCGAUUCACGAGCCGGAAAAGGGGUGCCUGCUCAUCGCAACGGAGAAGCUGGACGGGGUCCACAUCUUCGAACGGACGGUGGUCCUUCUCCUGUCAACGGGCCCGGCCGGCCCAUUGGGCAUUAUCCUCAACCGCCCGUCCCUCAUGUCCAUCAAGGAGAUGCGAAACGCCGCAAUGAUGCCUCCGGAAGCGUUCUCGGGCCGGCCGUUGUUCUUUGGGGGCCCAUUGGAGGAAGGCCUGUUUCUGGUGAGGCCCAGAGGAGGGUACGACAAGGACAGGCUGGCGAGGAGUGGGGUAUUCGAGGAGGUGAUGAAAGGGUUGUACUACGGGACAAAGGAGACGGCCGGGUGCGCGGCGGAGAUGGUGAAGAGGAAUAUGGUCGGCGUCGGAGAUUUCAGAUUCUUCGACGGGUAUUGCGGUUGGGAGACGGAGCAGUUGAGGGAUGAGAUUAAUGCUGGGUAUUGGACUUUGGCGGCUUGUAGCGCGAGUGUUAUUGGGCUGGAUAAGGAGGCUCGUUUUGGGCUUUGGGAGGAUGUAUCCUGGCUUGUCGGCCCAAAAGCGGUGUCCUGA